CUUUGGAGCAGUUGGGAUUUUUCUUUUGUCUAUAAGUUAUAUUUGUCAACAUAUUUGUAAACCCCAUCUCUUUAUAUAUUCCUUUUCAAGGGCCAGCAGGAAAGAAGGAUCACUCAUUUUUAUUAGAAUUUUGAAGCUAAUCACGGUCUGUGUCAUGUCAUCAAGAGAGCAUUUACAACUUUCACACACCAGACAGAUGUUGUAUGUUCUUAGCCGGAGAUUUCAGCGCCUUUGCUCUAAGAUACGGCGGCUAAUAUGGCGUCGUCCUAGGCCUAAACUUGUAAUCAGAAGGCUAGGGAAUCUGAAUUCAAAAGGACAGAUUAGAGAAAGAUCAGCAACCCGAAAGGAUAUUGGCAAAGUGAAUGGUACCUCUUUACAGAGGCCUAUUCGACUCGCUACUUUCAAUGCUGCCUUAUUCUCCCUUGCACCUGCUAUUCCUAAGGCCGAGAAAUCAGUUGUUUUCAGUCAUGAAGAGGACUGUUUGACAUUUGAGAAUCAGUUGAAGUCCGUGAAUGGCCGUCCCAAGGGCAUACUCAAACAAUCUCCACUUCAUCCAAUGAUCAAUGGUUCUGAAGGUGAGAACAAGCUUACUAAACCAAGAGCAAAAGUCUCAAUAAAUCUUCCAGAGAAUGAGAUAUCAUUAUCUCAAAAUAAGGUUAUUAACGUUAUUGAGGAUUCAUCGACAAACUUUAGUUUCAACAGCCUGGCUCCUGUGAGAUCUCCCAUAUGCUUCCCUGCGAGCAUGGCAAACUGGAUCAAAGAUGCGAGUUUAUAUGGAAGUCGAACCAUAUUUGAUGUGCUUAAAGAAGUGGAUGCUGAUAUUUUGUCUUUACAGGAUGUAAAGGCUGAGGAAGAAAAGGAUAUGAAGCCGUUAUCCGAUUUGGCUCGUGCACUGGGGAUGAAUUAUGUGUUUGCUGAGAGCUGGGCUCCUGAGUAUGGAAAUGCUGUUCUUUCAAAAUGGCCUAUUAAGAAGUGGAAGGUUCAAAAAAUCUACGAUGAUAAAGAUUUCAGGAAUGUGAUAAAAGCUACAAUCGAUGUGCCAUGGACAGGGGAACUAAACUUCUACUGCACCCAACUCGACCACUUAGACGAAAACUGGAGGAUGAAACAGAUUAACGCAAUAAUCCAGUCAAAUGAUCAUCCCCAUAUUUUAGCAGGAGGCAUCAACUCUCUUGAUGCAUCAGAUUAUUCAUCAGAGAGGUGGACUGACAUUGUAAAUUAUUACGCGGAUUUAGGAAAGCCGAUGCCAAAAGUUGAAGUUAUGAAAUUCUUGAAGGAAAAUGAGUAUACAGAUGCUAAAGAUUUCCCAGGGGAAUGUGAACCAGUUGUUAUGAUCGCCAGAGGCCAAAAUGUACAGGGAACAUGCAAGUAUGGAACUCGAGUUGAUUACAUUUUGGGUUCACAGGGCCUGCCCUACACAUUCGUGCCUGGAUCCUACUCGGUGAUUUCAUCGAAAGGCACUUCUGAUCAUCACAUAGUUAAAGUAGAUGUAAUGAGAGUAGCAUAUAAUACUCGAAGAAUUGAAAAGAGACAGAAGAAGCUGAACCAAAGAGUCGUAAAAAUUACAAAAUCCUGUUCUUCAAGAGGUAUUUGGCAACCAAACACCUGAUUUUUACAUUAAGAACAGUAUACCUUGACUUGUAUACAGUAUUGAGGAGUAGAUUGCUUUGGUAUAAGUUACAACAUUCAAUGUGAUAGUUAUGUACAAUUGGCUGGACUUUUUGGUAUUUUCCAUUUCUUCGGAUGAUACAAAGGCCAAUGAUUUUCUUGGAUAAUUCAAACUGUAGCAGCUGCAAAAUGUGCUAUUGGGGAUUGCCAUUGUUGUCAUUACA